CGGCGCCGCGGCGGAAAUGGCCGAGGGCCGGCGGCUGCCGCCAUGUUGGGAGCCGCUGGGCGCUGAGGCGGCGCGAGCGUGAGGCGGCCGCGCCGGGGGGGGAAUCGCCGCCCGUUCCCCCUCUUCCCUCCCCCCUUCCCUUCCUCCCCCUCUUCCUCCUCACCCGACCCCCCCUCCCCUCCCUCCCCUCCCUCCCCCCAUGCCGCUGGCUUGGCCCCCUCCCGCUCCGUGAGCUCGGUCCGGAGCUUCCUCCUUCUCCCCCCCCAAACCCGCUUCUCCCCUCACACCCCGCCCGCUGCCGCUUCCCCCCCCUAUCGCGAUAGUCGCCGGGGGGGGGGGCGCGCGGCCAUGUCGAGCAGCGGUCGCAGCCCUUUGCCGACCGUUAACGAGAGAGAGACGGAGCAGGCCGCGGGGAAGGGCGGCAGCAUGCUGCGGGGCCGCGGCGCCGGCGCCGAGGAGCAGCCCCACGUCGGCAACUACCGGCUGCUCAAAACCAUCGGCAAGGGCAACUUCGCCAAGGUCAAGCUGGCACGGCACGUGCUCACCGGCAAGGAGGUCGCCGUGAAGAUCAUUGACAAGACCCAGCUCAACUCCUCCAGCCUGCAGAAGCUCUUCCGAGAAGUGCGAAUAAUGAAGGUCCUGAACCACCCCAACAUAGUGAAGCUGUUUGAGGUGAUCGAGACGGAGAAGACGCUGUACCUGGUGAUGGAGUACGCCAGCGGGGGUGAGGUGUUUGAUUACCUGGUGGCCCACGGCCGCAUGAAGGAGAAGGAAGCUCGGGCCAAGUUCCGCCAGAUAGUGUCGGCCGUGCAGUACUGCCACCAGAAGUUCAUUGUGCACAGGGACCUGAAGGCCGAGAACCUGCUGCUGGACGCCGACAUGAACAUCAAAAUCGCCGACUUUGGCUUCAGCAACGAGUUCACGUUUGGGAACAAGCUGGACACGUUCUGCGGCUCCCCCCCGUAUGCUGCCCCCGAGCUCUUCCAGGGCAAGAAGUACGACGGGCCUGAGGUGGAUGUGUGGAGCCUGGGGGUCAUCCUCUACACCCUGGUCAGCGGCUCCCUGCCCUUCGAUGGGCAGAACCUCAAGGAGCUGCGGGAGCGGGUGCUGAGGGGCAAGUACCGAAUCCCCUUCUACAUGUCGACCGACUGCGAGAACCUGCUCAAGAAGUUCCUCAUCCUCAACCCCACCAAGAGGGGGACCCUGGAGCAAAUCAUGAAGGAUCGCUGGAUGAACGUGGGGCACGAGGACGACGAGCUCAAGCCCUACAUGGAGCCUGUGCCCGACUACAAGGACCCCCGGAGGACAGAGCUGAUGGUGUCCAUGGGGUACACGAGGGAGGAGAUCCAGGAGUCGCUGGUGGGGCAGAAGUACAACGAGGUGAUGGCCACGUACCUGCUGCUGGACCACAGGAGCUCGGAGCUGGAGGACAGCCUGGCUCUGAAGCCCAGACCCCCCCAGGACGUUGCCAACAGCUCGGGCCCCUCCCCAGCACACAAAGUGCAGCGCAGUGUGUCGGCCAACCCCAAACGCCGCGUCAGCGACCAGGCUGGUCUCUCCAUCCCCACCUCUGCCUCCUACUCCAAGAAGACUCAGGCAGCCAACGCUGAGAACAAGCGGGGGGGGGCCCAGGGCCCGGGGGGGCAGCGGAGGAGGACGGGGGGGCGUCGGGCUGGCAGCACGGCCAAGGUGCCCCCCAGCCCCCUGCCCAGCCUGGACAGAGCCAAGGGCACCCCCUCCCCCUCCACGAACAGCGUCCUGUCCACGGGCACCGCGCGCAGCCGCAACUCGCCGCUGCUGGAACGCGCCAGCCUGGGCCAGGGCUCGCUGCAGAACGGCAAGGACAGCGCCGCCCCUGGGCGCGUGCCGUCGGCGUCGCCGUCAGCGCACAACGUGAGCCAGGGCCCCGGCAGCUUCCCGCGGGGGGUGGCCACGCGCAGCACGUUCCACGCGGGGCAGCUGCGGCCGGCACAGCCCCCGGGGCCCCCCCUGGCCUACGGGCUGCCCCCCGCCCUGCCGCCCCCCGCCUCGCCCUCGGGCGCCAGCCAGGGCCGGCGCGGCCCCUCGGGCAGCCUCUUCAGCAAGUUCACCUCCAAGUUCGUGCGCAGAAAUCUGUCUUUCAGGUUUGCCAGAAGGAACCCGCACGAGCCCGAGAGCAAAGAGCGAGUGGAGACGCUCAGAGCCGCCGUGCCGGGGGACAAGGAGGCGCGGGAGCCGUGCGGGCGCGAGGCCAAGCCGCGCUCGCUGCGCUUCACCUGGAGCAUGAAGACGACGAGUUCCCUGGAGCCCGGCGAGAUGCUGCGAGAGAUCCGCAAGGUCCUGGACGCCAACAGCUGCCGCUGCGAGCCCCAGGAGCGCUUCGUGCUGCUCUGCGCCCACGGCGCCCCCGGCCACGACUCCUUCGUGCAGUGGGAGAUGGAGGUUUGCAAACUGCCGCGCCUGUCCCUCAACGGCGUCCGCUUCAAGCGCAUCGCCGGCACCUCCAUGGCCUUCAAGAACAUCGCCUCCAAAGUGGCCAACGAGCUCAAGCUCUGAGCCAACGCCGCUGGGGCGCCCCCUGCUGCCGCCGGCGCCUCCCCAGCCCGCCCCAGCUCGGCCUCUGGGGUCCCCGGGGGCUGGGGAG